AUGGAUGGGCCAGAAUCAGACGCCGAUAGUUGGCGUGAACAUUAUUUAGACCUCUUUGCUGAUGGAGAAACACGAGGUGAAAGGGGAAAACAGAGUUGUUUUGUGACCCGUGUGGAGAUGUUUGAGAGACUGCAAGAUGAUCCAUCACUAAAUGAAAUUAUUAAUGAAAUACAUAUUUACACUGAGCCACUGGCUUCAUGGGGACCCCUUACAUUUCUGGCAGGUGAUCACUACUUUGCUGUUAUUGAGACACAAAACUGGUGGUGGUCUAUUGAAUUGCGAGAUGAUAUGAUUGUCAUUCAACGUGGGAAAGACUUUACAAAUGUACAAAGUAGAUGUCAAGGGCGGUAUCGUCGCUAUCGGUUACUUCAUAAUGGACCUUCUCUUGUUUGUAAUUCUUCGUGUGGUCAACGAUAUGUUCGAGAUCUUGUUUUAGCAAUAUACAAUAAGGGAUAUUUUUCUGGUGAUCUUAUUUCCCCUAGUUCACAUUCACACGCUCUUGUUAAUUUCAUUUGGCUUUUUUGUCGCUCUCAUUAG